AUGGCCAAUAAGACAUAGGGUAACAUUGAUAAGUAGUUCAUUGGUGAAAAUGCCUUCACAGAAGGCCCCAAGGACAAAGGGACUCAAAACACAGUAAUCAGUGAUGUUGAUAUUGUCAUGAACCAUCACCUGCAAGAAAUCAGAUUCACAAAAGAAACCCACGAGAAAUACAUCAAAGAUUAUAUGAAAUCAAUCAAAGGAAAACUUAAAGAACAGAGGUCAGAAAGAGUAAAACCUUUUAUGGCAGGGGCUAUAGGACAAAUCAAGCACAUCCUUGCUAAUUUCACCAAGUUCCAGUUCUUUAUUUAUGAAUACAUGAAUCCAGAUAACAUGGUUGUUAUCAUGAACUACUGUGAGGAUGGUGUGACCUCAUGUAUGAUUUACUUUAAGGCUGGUUUAAAUGUAAAAAUAUGUUAA